AUGGAAUUUCAAGAAAAAGAAGUUAUUCUAGCACCUAACAGAAGAGGAUGUAAGAAAAUAUCCGAUAAAUCUACUUGGAAGAGAGAAGUUGAAAAAUCAAAACGAUAUGUGGCUAAAGGACCUCCAAAAAUACCACAAUGCGUACAUAGAAAUUUAAAACAGGGUUAUAAAUGUAACGAGUUGACGACUCAAGACUAUAGAUCUUGGCAUUUCAAAUUUAAUGCUUCUAAAAGAUUUUUCCUGAGAAAGGAUAAGAAUAAUAAAACUGGAAUCAAAGGGGAACCUAAUUAUGUAUAUGAAGUGAUCAAUUAUGGGAAUGUUUGUAAAAGAGGAAAGUCUUAUGAAAAUAUUAAACCUACGUUGAUAUUGGAGUUCCUGUAA